AUGUCUCACUACGUCUCCCUCCACUCUACCCUGCUUCGCCUCCUUGAUCGGCUCCCUUCUCCGCCAGUAGAGCUCUCCGAUGUCACAGUCAAUGCCCCCUUACCCAAUAUCAUCAGUCCGCCACCCACAAGCACAUGGGGAGGCAUGGGUACUAUCCCCACGUCAGACUCUGUGUUUGGCAAGGGUGAGAGGAAUCGCGAUCCUACUGCGUUCCUACGGGGGCAGGCCCGACUCCAGCGGCGUCACAUUCAAGAUGCGGCGCUCAGCUCGACUUCGACGCUGCCAGGGGCUCUGCGCGGCAAUAACGGGGCACAUGUCUCACUUCGCCUUGAUGAUUUGGUGAUAGAGAAGGAGAAGGACACCACGAACGCACCAUCCUCGUGCCGAAUUAAUCGUGCCACCGCUCCCAAUGAGGCCUCAAGGUGGCCGGCCACCCCAUACGGAACGAUGGGAUACGAGAACAACCGCAGUACAUCUCCUCAAGCCGUGCCCUCCGGCUCUAGUCUAUGGGUACGGAUACGGAUACGGAGGGGAUAUCACGGUUCUUUCAAGAUCUCGGGCAUACCUACGAACAGCAGGGUAGCGGGCCUGAUUUGGACGUCACCCGCGAAUCCCGCCGCUUCAUCCGUGCCCAGCUUUAACUCCACGCACGCCGAGUUUGGCCUCAACCAGCAAACGCAGCGUCCAUCUCCAUUCCGGGUACUCUACAUCUGGGGCUAUUUCGUCGCUCGUAUCAAGUAUUGCGCCGGUGGAUUCGUCAUGCCAACACUUCCCCCCCCCCACACAGACUUUUGA